AUGUCUCAGAGCUCAGAUAAUCUUCAAUCUGUGCCAAGCCAGGGCCCGGUGCAACAACAACUGCAGCAGUUCGUUCUUCCGUCGAUCAGCGGGCUGGAAAACAACGGACACCACGCCGGGGAGCAGCAGCAACAGCAGCAGCAACAGCAACAGCCGCAGCAGCGAUUGCCGUUUGUGGGACGUUCCAAGGGCUUUUCCGUGGCGAGUUUGGACAACCCAUUGCCUGCAGAACAACAACAGCAGCUGCCGAAUGUGCCGGCAGAACACAUCCCGGACGGCUCGUUCAAACCGCUCAACUUCAAAGACGCGUUGUCGUAUCUGGAACAGGUCAAAUUUCAGUUCAACAGUCGGCCAGACGUGUACAACCAUUUUUUGGAUAUCAUGAAAGACUACAAGUCGCAGGCCAUAGACACACUGGGGGUCAUCGAGCGGAUCUCGACCUUGUUCAAGGGCUAUCCCGUGCUCAUCCAGGGUCUGAACACGUUUUUGCCUCAGGGCUACAGAAUAGAGUGUGCUCAGGACGCCAACGACCCAAACUUUAUCUCGGUCACGACGCCCUUCGACGGCCACCCACAUCGUCCAACGCGGCUGGACCAGCAUGAGAUGGCUCUUAACGCCCCGGGAGUCGGCGCUCCAUCACUAUCAAACCCUUUGAGCGAAACCUCCACACCUCAGGGCACUGCAACUGCAACUGCAACUACUGCCACAGACCGUGGAUCCAGCAUUGUCGAGACCGGUCAACCUACAUUACCAGGGCCUCAAGCCAUAUUCCCAGCCAAAAGUCUGCAACAGCAACAGCAACAGCAGCCGCAGCAGCAAAUGGAACAACCUGAUCAGUCACCCUCAAGUCUUCAGGCUCAACAACAGCCGCUCCAGACCGCCCAGCCGUAUCUGGCAGCCAGAAGCACUGGAGAUGUGGAGUUUAGCCAUGCUAUCAGUUAUGUCAACAAAAUCAAAACCAGAUUUGCAGAUCAGCCCGACAUUUACAAGCAUUUCUUGGAGAUUCUUCAGACUUAUCAAAGGGAACAAAAGCCUAUUCAUGAGGUUUACGCCCAGGUAACCACGUUGUUUCAAAAUGCGCCGGAUUUACUAGACGAUUUCAAAAAGUUUUUACCCGAUGCCACUGCCGCUCACGAACAACAAAUGCAGCAAAUACAACAGCAGCAACAACAGCAUUUGCAACACUUGCAACAACUACAGCAGCAUCAACAACUCCAAAUACAGCAAAUGAAUCAAGGCGCCUUGCUACCGGGACAUGUUCAACCAGAUCAACACCUGGACCAAUCUCAAUUACGUCAACGCCAAGAGAUGGAGCAGCAUAGACAAAACCUGCAGCAGUCUUAUAAUGGUGGACCCGCUUUUUUCCCAGGACAACAACCUAGGGCCCAAAAUCUACCCCCCUUGGGAAGUUUUUCUCCUCCCAUCAACGGACGCGACAAUGAACCACCUAUAAGCCUUCCAGCUGUUCAAAGUGGGGCUCCAAGCAUCCCAUCACGGGCUUCACAGCCACCGGCUCAGCUCCCUGCUCAGGGAAUGGCUAACAAAACUUUGCCACUGUCUGAAGUGCGUGGUCCCAUUGAUGGCGGCUUUGCUCCACCUUCAUUGCAUUACCAGGACAUUCAGUAUAUGGAACCAACGUCGAGGCCGGAGAUAGACUUAGACCCCAGCCUUGUACCUGUUAUUCCUGAACCGAUUAGACCUCUUGAAAGUGAUAUAACCUUGAUCGAAGAAACAUCGUUUUUCGACAGAGCUAAGAAGUACAUGGGAAAUAAACAGAUUUACAUGGAAUUUCUCAAAAUCUUGAACCUUUACUCUCAAGAUUUGAUCGAUACAGAUGAACUUGUGGAUAAAAUUGAACACUACCUGGGAGGCAAUAUAGAGCUAUUCGAUUGGUUCAAAAGUUUCGUCAACUACGUUGAGAAACCUAAAUGCAUUGAAAAUGUCAUGCAUGAAAAGCAUAGACUGGAUCUCGACAUGUGUGAGGCCUGUUGUCCCAGUUACAAAAAGCUGCCUAAGACAGACACCUUUAUGCCCUGCUCCGGCAGAGACGCUAUGUGCUGGGAGGUCUUGAACGAUGAGUGGGUCGGACAUCCAGUAUGGGCUUCCGAAGACUCCGGUUUCAUUGCUCAUCGCAAGAAUCAAUACGAGGAGACGUUGUUCAAAAUAGAAGAAGAGCGACAUGAGUACGAUUUUUACAUUGAGGCGAACUUGAGAACUAUUCAGACACUCGAGACAAUAGCCAAUAAGAUCGCCAGUAUGACGCCCGAAGAAAAGCAAACAUUCAAACUACCACCUGGAUUGGGUCACACAUCAUUGACAAUUUACAAAAAAGUCAUCAGGAAAAUUUAUGAUAAGGACAGGGGUUUCGAAAUCAUUGAUGCCCUCCAUGAGAAUCCCUCUGUUUCUGUCCCCAUAGUUUUGAAAAGACUGAAACAAAAAGAUGAGGAAUGGAGGCGGGCUCAGAGGGAGUGGAACAAGGUGUGGAGAGAGCUUGAGCAGAAGGUAUUUUACAAGUCCUUGGACCACUUAGGUUUAACGUUUAAACAGGCUGAUAAGAAGCUGCUCACUGCAAAACAGCUAAUAUCCGAGAUUAGCAGCAUCAAGGUGGACCAGACAAAUAAGCGAAUUUAUCCGUUCACGCCAAAGCCAGAAAGUCAAUUGGAGUAUGAUUUGGUAGACAAGGGAGUUCUAUUCGACAUUUUGGAACUGGUUUCCGUUUUCAUAAAUCACAGCACCACUUACUCGAGUGGUGACAAAGAAAGACUCUUAGAGUUCUUCAAAGGCUUCCUGUCAGUAUUCUUUGCUAUCCCGCAUGAUAAGUUUGACAAUGUUGGACAGCAGGAGUCUCAUUCACCAUCUGACGACGAGAGGGGAUCAGCACUGGCAACGCCGUCACGUAAAAGAAAAAGACAGGAUGAUCAUAUUUUGAGAGAUAUGCUCAAAGGCAAGAGCAAGCACACAAGGAAGGGUGAUGGUACACAUGAUGAAGGUGCAUCAUCGGAUGAUCAAGAUUUACCCGACAGCGAUGCACAUGUCAAUGGCGAUGAAGAGAUCAUCACAGAAGAAGCCAAAAAACCUUGGCUUCUCGGAAGUGUGAUUGAGGAAGCGAACGACCACGGCUAUGUUCCAAAUAGAAGCACGUAUAACUUGUUUGCAAAUGCAAACAUAUAUGUGUUUUUCCGCCAUUUGACUACCUUAUACCAGCGUCUGCAUGAGGUCAAGAGUAUAAACCAAGCUGUUACUGCAGAGAUAAAAAGUAGAAAAAUUUCCGAGUUCGCAAAGGACUUGAAUCUGCUAUCAAACCAGCUAAGUGAUAUGGGUUUGGACUUCAAAGAAUCGGACGCCUAUGAGCAAUUACUCAAUCUCUGCAAGCGCUUGAUUGAAAAUGACAUCGAACACCAAUGGUUCGAGGAGAGUUUGCGUCAAGCAUACAAGAAUAAGGCUUUUAAACUUUAUACAGUCGAUAAAGUCGUGCAAUGGUUGGUCAAACAUAUGCACACUAUCAUAGCUGAUGCGAAGACCUCAGAAAUUGCAGUUUUAUUCGAGAAGGAUAGGACUUCAGCCAGCACUAGUAGGCGGGACCAAAUUCUGUACCGACUGCAGGUUAGAUCACACAUGGGUCUCUCAGAUAACAUGUUCCGGAUUGAAUAUAAUCAGCAGACUAGCCACGUCUGUAUACAAUUUGUUGCAGUGGAUGACCUCACAUUAAAAGAGCCUGAAUCUCUCAAAGAUCGGUGGCAGUAUUAUCUGACCUCAUAUGCUCUUUCGCAUCCUACUGAAGGGGUCUCGCAUGAAGAGAUCAAGGUUCCGUUCCUCGUUAAAAACUUGAGAGAAGAUGAGCAGGGUAGCGAUGAUGAGAGGGCUUCUCCUUUAGGUCAAUCUGUCUCCUCGCUUCGCAUUCAAGUUAACCCCGAGAACUAUGAACUACAGAUUGAACCAAACUCCAAAGAUCUCUUUACCAGAUCCGCCACCAACAAGUUCCCAAUCAAAAUGGCGUCUCUCAAUAGCCAGGAAAAAGACUCAAAGAAAAAACAAGUUGACGAAUUUUUAAAUAGCGAGCACGGUUGGAAGAAAGGCCUCAGCGAGAAAAGUGUUACAAAUGCAGAAGGUUCACUUAACUACGUGAGGGAUCACGGGAAGGUAAAACCCGCUAUUACGACAGAUGCCGCGGUCCCAGCAACCGAACCUGCGGAGGUUGAGGCUGCAGCGGACAAGACUGGUGACGACACAGAUAUCAGAGGUGAUGAUACCACAACGGAGGAAAUAUAA